CAGCGGCGCCUCACUCAAAAAAAGAGAAGCCUCCCAGCGCGGCUCGUUCUCGAAGUGCACGCAAACACAGCUGGCACCAGUAUGCGGUUCGGCCAGAGGCAGGGAUUCGGGACGGUGCUCCUUCUCCUGUGCGUCUUCGCAUCUCUCGCCAAGGCGGCCGUGUUUGUGCAACCUGUUGACGUGAAAAACAAACAAUGCAUCUGGAAGAAGUAUGCCAUUCCAGACGGAGCACACAUCAACCUCGCUAACCCCUGCAUGAGCCUUACCUGUGACUCACGGCUCAAGUACCUAAGAGGCGCCUCGUGUGGACGCGUCUCACUGCAAGGCUAUCCGAAGAACUGCACGUUGAAGAAAGGCAAAGGAAUCUACCCCAAAUGCUUGCAAAACGCACAUCGUCUGCUCGUGAGCAUCAUAUCUCUCGCCGAGAUCAGAGAAACCAAGUACAACGCAACAGCGUCCGCCAACUCCUCCUGCGGUCUUUCACAACGGCAAAGAAAGUCUGCAGGGGCUGGACGCCCUAUGUGCCAAUCAGUGCCAAAACAAAGCAAAACAGUUGUGGACGCUCUGUGACAGCUUUUGUCGUGUUUUUCUGUCUGUUGUCUUGUCUCUGUGUUAGUUAAGAACUAUUAUCUGUAAGAUAACGUCGUUUUACUUGUGAUUUCUGAGGCAGAUAACUGUGAUGAGCUGCAUGUAAUACUACACGUAAUAAACAUCAACUCUGCGAAGUUCGUGCACGUGUUACACUUAAGCGCGAGGGCAAAAAAAAAAAGAUCUUGUUCAAACACAUAGGUGGCAUCAGUAGGAUUGGUGGCCCGUAACGCAAAUUCUGCACUGCACAUAAUGCCCCAUUGCCAAUGCCUUGAGAAAGUCAAGGUUCGAGAACAGGUCCUAUAAGAAGUGUAAAAUUGGCACUCAGUAUUGUGCACAGUAUCACACAAAAGUUACUAUAGUAACUUUUGUGUGAUAGUUACAAAAGUUACUAUAGUAAAUAUUGUGCCUUUUUUUUUUUGAGCCAACAAUAUUUUACGCAAUAUUACAUAGCGUGUACAGUAUAUUGUGUACAGCUUAAAAAACUCAGCACAAGAAAUUCACAAUGGAUUGAAUGCGACAAAUAGUCAAAUACGCGUGCACUUACUUUAACGCAAAUGAGUCAGGAGGAUAAGCAGUUAAACAGGAACAAUUCAAAAAUGCAAAACGUUUCUCGCAGACACUCAUCAAUUACGUUCGCAAGAACCCUAAACGCACUUUUUUUUCCCUUUCUCUCACGAAGUUCGGCUUCAACACACUCGCAAAAAAGGUGCGACCACAACGAGUACACGGUAUGCGAGAGUUGUGUUGACGAGUAAAUCGCGGUUGCUACAUAAAGCCAAUUUUAAUCUAACACGGCAGUGAGCUGAGUCAACGUGCUUGCACAGUAUAUCGAAGGAUAUCGCUUCUGCAAAGUCCCACCGCAGCUACCAAGGAACAGUCAGUCUCCGUAUCGCGUCAGGAGUAUCGUUCCAAGCGUUCCCAACAACGAACAGCCAAGUGAGAUAUGUGGGGCAGGAGUCUGUCAAGUGAAGGUACAAGGUAGGUCAAGAGCAAGGACUUCGCUGGUAGUGACAAUAAAUACAAUGAGUUCGAUGCCAUCAGGAUAUGUCAACCCAAACACGUGUUCGAUCAAGCAACCUUUGGCGUAUUUUGCCAAAUGAUCGCGUGCCACGUCUACCGCCAUAGAUGAAGGAAAGAACGAUGAGGCAGCAUUGCGCUACGCCAUUUAAGGCUAUAUAUAAGGAGUAGGUCUAACACGUGAUCGUUACGUCAGAGCUCGCGCUAAUGUUUGUGCUGUGCAGGCACCACAUUUUAGUGCACCUGCUCUGCAGGAAGAGUCCCGGAAGAGGAGCCCAACAAAUGCGCAUCGACUAAAAACUGCAGGGAGCCGAACAUUCUCGACAAAUAAGUUGAGUCUCAGAGGUCACGUGUUGGGCCGACUGUUCGAAGGAAAAAGCGAAGGAUAGUAUAUAGAACAGAGUGUGCAACAAUAUUUCAAACUAUAAUUUCUAAAGUGGAAGCUCAAUGGCUCCUCGAAAGAAAUGAUUAAGUCAAAUCAAAUGCAAUUCUCGAAAGACGUCUUCCUUGAAAGAAAGAUCAAGUCAUUGCUAGCCGUCGCAGAUUGAACAAUAUAUUUCCUUGUACCCCUUUUCUUUCACUUUACGCCCAAUGUUCCUGUUCACCC